AUGUAGAAAAUAUUAGAAAACGAAUUUGAUUUUUCUUGUAUUUAAUAGCAUGGACUUCCAAUAUGCGCUUUAAUAUUAGAUCCUAAAUUAAAUGCAAAAGAGAGAUUGUUAUGUUCAUAAUGCAUUAAUAAUUUAGAAAAAGAGGAAAAUAUUUUAGGGUGGAGAAAAGUUAUAGAUAGGAUGAAAUCUCAUUUGGAGGAUAAGUAUUAAAUUAAUUCAAAACUUAUUUCAUCUUUAUUACUAUUGCUAAAAUAGAUGAAAAGUAACUUGGAAUAAUUAUAGGAGUCCAUGAUGAAUCAAUUACAAAAUAUAGAAGAAAUAAUUGAUAAAUGGAAAAAAGAAUUGUAAAAGGAAACAAACUUAUUAGAAAGUCAUUAAAUUCUUGAUGAAUUAGAUUAUCUUUUUGGAAAUUAAUAAUCAAAAGUUAGUUUUGAAGAAUAACUAUUAAGAGAAUUGAAAAAAAUUAAUUCAAACCAUAUUGUUAAAAUAUAAUAGGAGAUGAAAUUUUUUAAAAAGUUUGAAUAAUACAAAAUAUGUUUAAAUAUAUUAAAUUCUAUCAAAGAAUAAAAAUAUUAUUCACAAACAUAUUAAUAAAUAAACUAGAUGGAAAAUGAAGCCGAAAUUAAUAACAAUGAAUAAUCAGAUUUCUUUAAGAAUUCAUCAAAUAAAAAAAUAGAUUAAGACAUCAUCAAAUCAAAUACUGGUUAAUUUGUCUAACAAUAAGUAAUUUCAAACUAAUAAUAAGAUUAUAGUAAUUAAAUAAAAUAAGAUAAUAAUUUGAAUAAAUAAAGCUAAUAUGAAUAACAGUAUGAAUAAAGGCAAAUUUAAUAAAGGAAAGUAGAAAUUAUUGAAUUAAAAUAAGGAUUAUCGUUACCUUUAAUAAAAUUAUAAACAAAUAAGGAUGGAGAUCCAUAGUAUUAAUAUGAAGGAUAAUAAAGGAAUGAUAAAAUUUAAUAUAAAAAAAUUAUUUUUAUUGGUUAAAGAGAUGAAGGAAAGACAACCUUAUUAAAUGCAUUUGUUAAUUAUUACUUUGGAAUUACUUGGGAUGAUAAUUUUAGAUUAAUUGUCGCAAAUUAAGUUUAAACUACUGAUAUAUCACACUAUUAUAUUGAACCUUUUAAGUUAAGAAAAUUCGGAAUACAUUUGAUAGAUACACCUGGAAAUUAUGGUUAAAAUGAUAGAUAGACUAUUAAUAAAGUAUCUACAUUCAUAUAAGAUAAUUAUAAUACAAUCGAUAUCAUUGUUGUAUGCUUUAAAGCUACUAAUGUAAGAUUGAAUGUAGAAGCAAAUUAAAUGUUGCAAUCUAUUGUUUAAAUAAUUGGAUAAUAGAUAGCAAGGAAAAUUAUUGUUGCUCGUACAUUUUAUUCAGGAGGAGGAGAAGUUGAUCAAUCAAUAUUAACAUCGGAAUAAAGUCCAUUUUAUUAAUUAUCACAAUAUUUAAAUGAAGAUUUUAGUCUUGAAUUUAAUGCUUAAUCCAUAGUCAAAAUAACACAAAAUCAAAGUGCAAAAGUUUAUCAUGACAUUAGUAUUUCAAAUUUCAAAAAAAUUGAGAAUUUAAUAAUGUCUAAUAUUUAUAAUAUUAAUUAAAAAGGUAUAAAUUCAAUUUCAAAUUAAACUCAAUAAUUGUAAAAAUUUAAUAAUGUCGAUUCAUAUUCAGAAGUUUAUUAAUCAAGUUACAAUUAAUUAAAACUCUUAUUUCUAUAGAACCUUAAGGUUUAUUUUAGUAACUAAAAACAACCUGAAAAUAAUUAAUAAUAAUUGAUUUAUGCAGAAUUAUAGAAAUAUUCAUUAUACUAAGUAUGUGCAUUAAAUUGUAAACAAUGUCAAAUAACUUGUUUUGUUGGAUUCAAAAGCUUGUUAGUCGCAAAUGAUUUCUUGAAUAAGGAGAUUAAUGGAAAAUGUUAUUGUGGGUGUUCAAUGCAGAACAUGAUCGCAAUGAAUGAAUAAUGGUUUUAUAAAGAGAAUAAUGUAUAAUACUGGAAAGAUAAUUAAGGUUGUAUUAAGAUAUUAUAUGAAUAUCUAUAUAAACUUUUUUAGAGGAAAGAAAAGAAAGAUUAGUCUUAGAUCAAUGAAUAAUAGUUUAUAGAAAUAUUAGAGAAAGAAGAAUAUUAAAAUUAAUAGAUAAUCCAAUAAUUUAAAAUGAUUUUCCUUUAGUAGAUCCAAAAACAGUAAAUAUAAUCAACUCCCAUUGUUAAUUAAUAAUCAAAUUAAGUCCAAUAUAAUUAAUAUAAUCAAAAUAUUAGCAGUUCAUCUUCAAAUCAAAAUUAAUAAUAACAGAAUAAUUAAGCAAGUCAAAAAUCAAGUAAUGGAAAAAAAAAUAACUGA